UGCAAACCGGGGCACCCAGGGCUGUGACUGGCCCCUGAGGACACAGCUACCUGUGAUCCCCAAGCCAGGCCCAUCCUGUCUACUUAACCAGAGGGUCAAGUCAAUUGGCUUAGACCAGGGAUCGCUCCCACUUGGGUGGUCACCUCUGCUUGCUCUGGAGCUGAAAAUGGAGCAACCAAACCCUGCAAGUCCGGAACUAGAAGGGAGACCGGAAGCAGGAGGGGACCUACCCGAAGGCAUGAAGGGGAAUCCGGAGUGGUCAGGCGAAGAAGCGUGGAAGGGGUUACACCGUACUGAGGAGUUCUUGAGGGCGUGGGGGAACCCAGUUCCUCUGGAAGACACACAGCAGGACAACGUCCGAGCUUUCCUCUCCUCUUUUGAGGAAAUCGCCGAAGCCUGCCAAUGGCCCAGAGGAGAAUGGGUGGGCCGGCUCCGGCCUGCGCUGAGCAGCUCUGCUGAACAGGCUUUGGGUAGACUGGAAGCCGCUGACAGGGAGGAUUAUAGGAAAGUGAAGGCCGCUGUCUUGCGGGAGGAUGCUGCGAGGAUGGAGACGCAGCGCCGGGACUUCAGGCAGUUCUGCUACCAGAAGGCCGGAGACCCGCAGAGGGUUUAUAGGCAGCUGCGGGAGCUGUGCCACCGGUGGCUGAAGCCAAAGAGACGCACCAAGGAGCAGAUUGUGGACCUGCUGAUCCUGGAGCAGUUCUUGGCCAUCCUUCCUCACGAGCUGCAAAGCUGGGUCAGGGAAGAGGGGCCAGAGAGCUGCGCCCAAGCCGUGGCCAUGGCGGAGGAUUUCCUGACCAGCCGUCGGAAAGCUGAGACGUGGAAGUGGCAGAUGCCGUCUCAGGGGACAGCCACCAGGCCCCUUGAGACAGGUGAGGCUUCGCCAGCCAACUCCCAGAGACAAAGCUACAUGGAUACCACAGCACUGAAAUGCGACGGGGACAUGAUUUUGCAGGCCAACGGAAGGACGCUCCCAAGUCACCCCUGUUCCUUGCUUCCUCCUGAGGGACUGGAAAUGGCCGAAGCUGGGCUGACUGAGGGCCCAGCGAGCACCAAGAAGAAGGAGGGGCCUUUUGGCAAGGAGGAGGCAUCCCUGACACAGCCAGGCCAGAGGACGAUGUUCUGGCAAGUCAAAGAGGAGAACUGCGGCAUUGUGGGCUCUCUGGAGGGGCUUCUGAUUCCCAAACUGGAUAUUUCCUUCCAGUCGGAAAAAGGGGAAAAGAUGUUCUUGCAGGAACCAGAACCAGGUAAAAGGAGAGAGAUCAAGAUGGAGAAUUCCCACCCAGGGGAAGCCGUGCCAGAGGGAAUGUCCCAGGGGAACGUUCCUUUUUUAGCUGAGAUUGCAGAGCAAAAGCACGAGUCCAAAGGACACCAGGAAACAAAGGAAUACAGCAAUCUCCCAGAAGUUCCCGUUAGCGAAGACACAACACAGUUUGGAGUGGAAAAGCCCUUCUCCUUAAAUCAUGGGAGGAACAACCAGCACGGUUUGGGUCUGGGUACGCUGAAUGCAGAAGAAGGUCCUUACGAAUGCCCCAUGCGUGGGGAGAGCUUCAAGCAAGGAUCCGCCCUGGCUGAACACCAGAGGAUGCGCAUGGGAGAGGAACUGUGUGAAUGGUCUGAGGGCGAGAAGCCCUUUCCCCAGCGAGAGAUCUGGGUGCGCCAUCAGAGCAGCCUCCUAGAAGAGAAACCAUACGAGUGUCCUGAGUGCAGGAAGAGGUUCAGUUACAGAGCAACGCUGAUGCGGCAUCGGAGGAUCCACACCGAAGAGAAACCGCACAAGUGCUCCCACUGUGGGAAAAGCUUCAGCCAGAGGACCAAUUUGGUGAGUCACCUGCGAAUCCACACUGGAGAGAGGCCGUAUCAGUGCUCCCAGUGCGGGAAAGGCUUCCGUUGGCAACUCCAUUUGAAGAGGCACCAGAAGAUCCACACGGGAGAGAAGCCCCAUGAAUGCCCGGACUGCGGGAAAAGCUUUUCCCGGAGAGAUACAUUGCUCAAUCACCGGAGGACCCACACAGGGGAGAAGCCGUACGAGUGCCCCGAUUGUGGGAGAAACUUCAACCAUCCGUGCAACUUAAUUGAACAUCAGAAGACGCACACAGGGGAGAAACCACACGAAUGUCCCGAGUGUGGAAAAAACUUCUCUCGGCGGGAUACACUGAUCAAGCACCAGAGAACUCACACAGGGGAGAAGCCUUAUGAAUGCCCCGAGUGUGGGAAAAGUUUCCAUCAUCCUUGUCGGUUGAUUGACCAUCAGAAGAUCCACACAGGAGAGAAGCCUCACGAAUGCCCUGAGUGCAGGAAGAACUUUUCUCGGCGAGAUACGCUGAUCAAACACCAAAGGACCCAUGCAGAGGAGAAGCCUUAUGAAUGUCCUGAUUGUGGGAAAAGCUUCAUUCAGAAGAAGGCAUUCAUCAGACACCAGUUAAUUCAUUUAGGGAAUACGUCCAGCUAAUAUUCUUGAAAAGUGCCACAUUCCACAGAAAAAAGAGGGAGAAGUGUUGGUUGCAUCCUGAUUCCUGGUGGAGAAACCACACCUUAUCUAUGUCACGAGACAUAGGCGGAUGACAACAGAGAAACCUAGGAAAAAUAGGCUGAAACAAGUAAAUUGAUUCAGCAGGAAGGUUAAAGUAAUAAUUGAUUAAUAAUAGAAAU